UUGAUUGACUGCAUUUUGAUACACCAACAUUAUGCAGGACCCUGCGAUGUGACUAUUGCGCACAUUGAGAUUCCGAUGACGAUGCUCAAACCAUAUAUUUUGCAGCCCUAGUGCAAUGUCUAACACUGACCAGCGGAGGGCAGCGUUCUCUGCCUUACGAGGGCAGGGACAAAGAAACGGACGGAUAGAAAAUCGUGGCCAAUUAGAACUUAAAAUGCCCCUUUGUAGCUAACAAAGUCCGUUAGUUCCAGAAUUGGCCACAGUUAUUUACUGGUGCAAUCAACAGACGUAUCUCCGGGUUUUGCCGGUGCUGUCACAGAUAUGAAAACUAGAUCCGGCUGACCGAUGUGCCUAUGUGGCGGCCAUGUUGGCUGGGGCGACCUUCCUGUCAAAGGCAAUGCAUUAGCUCAAGAGGGACGUGUCUUAACUACAUAUUCACAUCUCUGUUCAUUGUAUACUUGAGCGCUCGUCGUGUAAACGUCUCUUGAACAUUUUAGAUUGAUUUUGGUACAGUAUGCAGUCGUUUUUUGUUAAGCCCUUCCCUACGGCAUCCAAUCGAAACGAAGGUGGCAAAAGGGAAUUUGCUAACCUUGCGGCUCAUGAAAGCGACCUUCGACUUGCCCCCGCAACAAUUUUCUCCUACCAGCUGCAUGCCAUUAUCACCCCAGUUAAGUUUGGAGAAACUUGAAAACUUUUAAAAUAUUUCAAGCUUUUUUUAUAUGCAUUUACAACCGUUUUGAACUGUACUGGGUGCUUUUAGGCCACGAAUGAGGUACAUCGACCUAAAAUCUAACGCGAUCAUUAAUCACAAUCAUAUACUCGCCCAGGCCUAGCCAUGACAAAUCCAAAUAUCAACUCAACUCUCUUCCGUUCAAUGCGUUUGGCACGUACGAUGACGGUCUCCCUUCUCCCUUAACUGCCCGUCGUCUGUGUGUGUGUGUGUGUGUGUGUGUGUGUGUGUGUGUGUGUGUGUGUGUGUGUACAUUGUGUGCGAUUAUGUUCCGGCCCAGCAGCUUGAAGAAUGAAAGGAAUGUUGCCGUCACAAUGACCGUGUUGUUGUUUUACAGGAAAAACAAGUUUAGGAGCAAAGUUUGGCUUUAUUUGGUGCCUAGUGGUCAGCACACCCGGCUCACAGUUCUGGCCUCGAAUCUGGGCUCAGGCUUCCAGUGUGGCGUUUGCAUUUUGGCUUUUUAUCACAUAUUCCAAAAACACGCUGGAAGCUUAGCUUCACUGAAGACUUAAGAUUGUCAGUUAAUGUUGACUACAUGGUGGACAACCAGUCCAUUGUUGGAUGGGUGUAGAUUUUGGUGUCGGUGAUGCUUGCCGGCAUACAUUUCAGUCAUUGAGUGACGUUUCUCCAGUGGUACACUAGUGGUCUUAAGUGGUGGAGGCUUAUGGGUUGGCUGGCUCCUGUUGCAGAGCCUUUGAGUGACAUUGUAAACUCCUCUUCAUCAUCUACUUUUAAUUUGUACGUGUAACAAAGUCUAUUGCUUAUAUUUCAAAAGCAUACUCUGUACUUGAUCUGAUUAAUCCUGAGCUACAUCGGGCAGUACGUUGCUAGCUGUCAGAUCACGUGAUCUUCACGCUGGUCCGUCUGCAGCCAAGGUGAUGAAGGAGAUUACUUGGAGGGAUCUGCUGCCGAGCAUCUGCGUGUUUUCGUGCAGAGCGUGGCAGCAUGCCGGGCUGGCCGGGGACGCUCAUCCACGGCAGCUGCUCCGAGGCGCCGACGCUGCUCGGCCCGACACUCCGGAACACCGGCGGUGCAGAGGUGUUUGAGGGUGCUGGGUGGUCCCAGGGUCAUGCUUGGACCAAGAAAGACGUGGGACCUCGGCCACGCCCCCUGUCUGCAGGACCUCUGGAAGAACGACUUCUCAUUGGACGCAAGCUCUGUGGACUUCCUGAUGAGUGAAUGUGAGGAUGAGGCCUCCUUCCUGUCGCUGCCAAGCCCCGCCUUCUCUCAGCGCCCCCUGCUGAGCGCCGAGCAGAGCCAAUCAAACGUGCCCAUGCAGCAGCAGCAGCAGCAGCUCAUCCAGACACUCCAGGACAAAGUGCGCCACCUUCAGGCUCGCCUGGACGAAGAAGAUGCCGCGCGCCAGCGUCUGUUACGGCAACAACACGCCACCGCGGGGGGGCGGCCGAGAGAGGAACGCGUGGCGGCGUCUGGUGGUGUGGACAAGGAGCAGCUGAGCAGGCGAUUGCACUCGCAGACACACAGACAGUGUGUUUGUGAAGUGAAUGAUGUGUGCGUGCAGGUGGAGGAACUGGAGAAGAAGCUUGUGGAGCAAACGCAGGAAGUGGAGAGACUUCGUUCAGGACUGGGGGCGACGGACUUGGAGAAGCAUCUGGCGCUUCUGGAGGCGGAGAACAAGAGUCUGAAACGACAGCUGACCUCCAGCUGGGCCUCUGAGGGCGCCUGCGGCUGCACUCAGUUGGCGUGUCGCCAGGAGGUGGAGGCUCUGCGGAGGGAGCUGAUUGGCUGGGAGAAGCGCGGCCGGCAGACGCAGCGCCACCUGGCGGACGUAGAGAGGCAGCUGCUGGACAAAACUGUUCAGGUGGACGCAUUGCAGCGACGACUGGACCGCGCCGUGGCCGUGGAAGUGGGACUUCCUGAGCACGACCUUGUGGUCCACUUGCGCGACGAAUCGGCGCCGCUGCAGGCUGCGGAGGAGGCGGAGUCUGGCGACUGCGCGUCUUCGCUGCGUGUGCAAAACGCUUUGCUGCAGGAGCAAAUUUGUGUUCAGCGCCACCUGCUGGGAGAGCUCGAGGCGCAAGUGCAGCAGUCACAGAGGGCGUGCGCUCAGCUCCGGACGCAGGUGGCGGUGUACGACGGUGAGAUGACGCGCGCUCACAAGCAGCUGGACGCCGAGCUGCUGCAGCUGAAGGAGGAGAAGGAGCGCGUCGUCCACGAGGCGUUCCUCAGGGCCGAGAGCCAAAUGAAGGCCGUGCACGACAACCUGGCAGGAGUGCGCACGAAGCUUCUCGGUCUUCAUCCUGCCUUGAGGACGCUCACCAGUGACUACAACACGCUCAAGAAGCAAGUGCACCACUUCCCCAGCAUGCUGCAGAACGCCAUCGAUGACGCCAAGCACGAGAUCUGUCAGGUGAUCAGCGAGGUGAGCCUGACCAACCAGAAGCUUGUCGACAAAUACAAACGCGAGAUGAACCUGAGGAAGAAGAUCCACAACCAGCUGGUCCAGCUCAAAGGAAACAUCCGAGUGUUGUGCCGCGUUCGUCCCGUCGACGGCGGUCAGGAGGAGAGCAUGUUGACCUUUGACCCGGACGACGACGGCGUCCUCUACCUCAGCAACAAGGGCAAGGUCGUGACCUUUGCCCUGGACAAAGUCUUCCCCCCUCAGGCCACCCAGGAAGAGGUGUUCGCCGAGGUGGAGUCGCUGGUGACGUCCUGCGUCGAUGGCUUCAACGUUUGCAUCUUCGCGUACGGACAGACGGGCUCGGGAAAGACCUACACCAUGGAGGGCGUGCCGUCGGACCCAGGCCUGAACCAGCGAGCGCUGCGCCUCCUUUUCUCGCGAGUGACAGACAAAAGUCCCGAGUGGGAAUUCCACAUCUGCGUCAGCAUGCUGGAGAUUUACAACGAGACGCUAAGGGACCUUCUCGGCGACAAGCAGGCGGACAAACUGGACAUCAAGAUGAAUCCCGACGGGAGCGGGCAACUUUACGUGCCAGGACUGACGCGCGUCGCCGUGCGCACGGUUGACGAUGUCAACGAGGUUCUGGAGGCGGGCCGAGCGAGCCGAGCGACGGCGUGCACCAACCUCAACGAGCGGAGUUCUCGCUCUCACGCUCUGCUCGUCGUCAGCGUGGCGGGACUCAACGACACCACGGGAAGUCGCACGCAAGGUAAGCUGAACCUGGUGGACCUGGCCGGUUCCGAGCGGCUCCGUAAAUCAGGUGCCGAGGGCGGGCGUCUGCGCGAGGCUCAGCACAUCAACAAAUCUUUGUCGGCGCUGGGUGACGUCAUCAACGCGCUGCGAUGCAAACACGCUCACGUUCCCUUCAGGAACUCUCGCUUGACUUUCCUGCUGCAGGACAGCCUGCAAGGGGACAGCAAGACGCUCAUGAUGGUGCAGGUGUCCCCCGUGCUGGGGAACGUGAGUGAGUCGUUGUGCUCUCUGAAGUUCGCUCAGCGUGUUCGCAGCGUGGAGCUCAACACAUCAAGCUCCGCCUCAAGGAGGACAGGCGAGCGCUCCGCUUCAUCCUCGCCGACGCAAGAAAGCCUCGAGGUCAACUCCGAUUAUUUUCUCGAAGUCGACUCCGAUUAUUUAAAGGACGUUUCGCGAGGAAAGGAAGUCUACGUCUUAGGAAAUGCUGCUGUGCCACCUUUGCACUACAGUUUUGCGAAAAGGAAGAGCGCCUGUAGAAAUAUUUCGUUACCCGCGCGAAAAUUCCGGUCCGGCCCACUUGAGGUCAAAUUGGGGCGAAUGGGGCCCCUUGAACUCAAAUGAGUCAGACAGCCCUGCUUUAUACUGUGAGAAUCGAUCAAAAGGGGCGGCCUGGACUGUAUUGCUUCAGUAACCCGUGUGUGCGUGUGUCAAAAGAAGAACUCCUUGUAAAUUGGGUCUUUUGUGCAGAUGGACUCGCCCCCCCUGACCCCAGGACCCCUCCCCUUAUCUCGGAGCAGCAGUGCGGGCUCCUCUCUGAACUCUGCCUCGAGAACUCCCAGCAGCUCUCGACGGAAAUCCAACUCUCAACUUUCCGCGG